AUGUGGAUGAGGCAACCACGGAUCUUUUUUCAUCAACUAAGUAAGAGAGUUACUCCUGUUCCUACGAUUCUAGCGGAGACGUUCAGGUCUUUAGGUGCAUGUAGGAGGGCUGGUGCAGACAGAUUUGUUGGUUGUGCUCAGUUGCUUCUAGCUUGGUUCUACAGUCAUUUCAGAUUGAUAGAUAAGGUUGUCUGUCAGGUUUUCUUUGAGGAUUACUCACCCUUGAAGGACAUAGUAGCUUCAACAAAGAGAGUUGAGGUUCCAGAGGAGAAUUGGAUGGCGCUGCUUCAGAAUCUUCAGUCAAAGGAUGUUGAGUGGAGGGCUCCGUGGAUGAUUCCUGGUGAGAUUCUUUACCGAUGUGAUAGUUUCGAUUGGGCCCCUCUAUUGGGAGUUUGGGGAGCUAUUGGUUAUGCCCCUUUACUUGUGUUGAGGCAAUUCGGUUUGAGGCAGUUCGUACUAGCAACCCAUGGGUUGGCUCAAAGUGAGUUCAUGUAUAGAGGAGCCGACUACAAGAAGAAAGUCAGUGAGAUCUCUAGUGCUUGGAACAAGACUUGUCGGUUGAACAGAGUAGCUAUUAGUCCUGCUACGACUCUAGAAUAUAUUGAAUGGAGAAGCAGAAGGAUUGACAAUAACAUCCCCAAGCCAAGUGGAGAAGAAGUUCGACUGAUGGAGGAAUAUUUGCAAGUGAUGCCCUCAGAGUUGGAAAUUGUGAAACAAGAGUUCGAGAGAAAGAAUUUGGAGUUCGAGAAGAGAAUAGCGAAGCUCGAAGAGGAAAAGAUAUCUCUUCGUUGGCAUCAAAACCAUGAUUCUACGGUCGAGUUACGGGAACUAAAAAAUAAGGUGGAAGAUUUGGAAGUGGCGUUACAUGAUGGUGAAAUUCGGAUCGACCAACUUGAGGCACAAGAGGAUUAUCUAAAGGAAGAGCUUCAUCAGUCUAGAGGGCAGGUCAGAGAGAGGGAUUACGUCAUUGGUGAAGCCAUAGCCCAGAUUCGAGAGGAUAUGCAAGACCAGUUGCAAGAGCAGUUGGGCAAAAUGCAGAAUGAGAUGAGGGAGAAAAUGUUGGAAGCUUAG